GCAGUUGCUCGGCCUCCCCCAUCCCCGGUAACGGUCGCUGGAUAGUUUAAAUGAGCCGGGGCUGGCCGGGCUGGAGCCGCUGGCCGGGGGGGGCCUGAGGCAUUGCAGAAAGUGGGUCUGAGCCUCAAGGAUGACGGUGCUGCAGGAACCUGUCCAGGCUGCUAUAUGGCAAGCACUAAAUCACUAUGCUUAUCGAGAUGCAGUUUUCCUCGCAGAACGACUGUAUGCAGAAGUUCACUCAGAAGAAGCCUUGUUUCUACUGGCAACCUGCUAUUACCGCUCAGGAAAGGCAUAUAAAGCCUACAGACUCCUGAAAGGGCACAGUUGUACUACACCACAGUGCAAAUAUCUGCUUGCAAAAUGUUGUGUUGAUCUCAGCAAGCUUGCAGAAGGGGAACAGAUCUUAUCUGGCGGAGUGUUUAAUAAGCAGAAAAGCUAUGAUGAUAUUGUUACUGAGUUUGGUGAUUCAGCUUGCUUUACUCUUUCUUUGUUGGGACAUGUGUAUUGCAAAACAGAUCGGCUUGCCAAAGGAUCAGAAUGUUACCAGAAGAGCCUUAGUUUAAAUCCUUUCCUCUGGUCUCCCUUUGAAUCAUUAUGUGAAAUAGGUGAAAAGCCAGAUCCUGACCAGACUUUUAAAUUAACAUCUUUACAGAACUUUAGCAGCUGUCUACCCAACUCUUGUACAACACUAGUAUCAAAUCAUAGUUUAUCUCACAGACAGCCUGAGACAGUUCUUACGGAAACACCCCAGGACACCAUUGAAUUAAAUAGACUGAAUUUAGAAUCUUCCAAUUCAAAGUACUCCUUGAAUACAGAUUCCUCGGUGUCUUAUAUUGAUUCGGCAGUGAUUUCACCAGAUACUGUCCCUCUUGGAACAGGAACUUCUAUAUUAGCUAAACAGGUUCAAAAUAAACCAAAAACAGGUCGAAGUUUGUUAGGAGGACCAGCUGCUCUUAGCCCAUUAACACCAAGUUUUGGGAUUUUGCCAUUAGAAACCCCAAGUCCUGGAGAUGGAUCCUAUUUACAAAACUACACUAACACACCUUCUGUAAUUGAUGUGCCAUCCACCGGAGCCCCCACAAAAAAGGCACAUAAACAGGGAGCUGGAUCGAAACUGGGGCAGUCGGGACUCCAACCAGCACCCAGAUGGGAUGGCAGCACCACAGGCAGAGGCUCAACCUACACCACCAUGUCUGUUGCAAGAAUUGGCCAAACUGGAACAAAGUCUGUCUUCUCACAGAGUGGAAAUAGUCGAGAGGUAACUCCAAUUCUUGUUGCACAAACACAGAGUUCUGGCCCACAAACAAGUACAACACCUCAGGUACUGAGCCCCACUAUUACAUCUCCCCCAAACGCACUGCCUCGAAGAAGCUCUCGGCUUUUUGCUAGUGACAGCUCUACAACCAAGGAGAAUAGCAAAAAAUUAAAAAUGAAGUUUCCACCUAAAAUCCCAAACAGAAAAACAAAAAGUAAAACUAAUAAAGGAGGUAUAACUCAACCUAACAUAAAUGAUAGCCUGGAGAUUACAAAAUUGGAUUCUUCCAUCAUUUCAGAAGGGAAAAUAGCCACAAUCACACCUCAGAUCCAGGCUUUUAAUCUGCAAAAAGCAGCAGCAGAAGGUUUGAUGAGCCUUCUCCGUGAGAUGGGGAAAGGUUAUUUAGCUUUGUGUUCAUACAACUGCAAAGAAGCUAUAAACAUUUUGAGCCAUCUACCUUCUCACCACUACAAUACUGGUUGGGUACUGUGCCAAAUUGGAAGGGCCUAUUUUGAACUUUCAGAGUAUAUGCAAGCUGAACGAAUAUUUGCCGAAGUUAGAAGAAUUGAGAAUUAUAGAGUUGAAGGCAUGGAGAUUUAUUCUACAACACUCUGGCAUCUUCAGAAAGAUGUUGCUCUUUCAGUUCUUUCAAAAGACUUAACAGACAUGGAUAAAAAUUCACCAGAGGCUUGGUGUGCUGCAGGAAACUGUUUCAGUCUGCAACGGGAACAUGAUAUUGCAAUCAAGUUUUUCCAGAGAGCUAUCCAGGUGGAUCCAAAUUAUGCUUAUGCCUAUACUCUAUUAGGGCAUGAGUUUGUGUUAACUGAAGAACUAGACAAAGCAUUAGCUUGUUUUCGAAAUGCAAUCAGAGUCAAUGCUAGACAUUACAAUGCCUGGUAUGGUUUAGGAAUGAUUUAUUAUAAGCAGGAAAAAUUCAGCCUUGCAGAAAUGCAUUUCCAGAAAGCACUUGAUAUCAACCCUCAAAGUUCAGUUUUACUUUGCCACAUUGGAGUAGUUCAGCAUGCACUGAAAAAAUCUGAGAAGGCUUUGGAUACCCUAAACAAAGCCAUUGUUAUUGAUCCCAAGAAUCCUCUAUGCAAAUUUCACAGAGCCUCAGUUUUAUUUGCAAAUGAAAAAUAUAAGUCUGCUUUACAAGAACUUGAAGAAUUGAAACAAAUUGUUCCCAAAGAAUCCCUUGUUUACUUCUUAAUAGGAAAGGUUUACAAGAAAUUAGGUCAGACACACCUCGCCCUGAUGAAUUUCUCUUGGGCUAUGGAUUUAGAUCCUAAAGGAGCCAAUAACCAGAUUAAAGAGGCAAUUGAUAAGCGCUAUCUUCCAGAUGAUGAGGAGCCCAUAACUCAAGAAGAGCACAUCAUGGGAACGGAUGAAUCCCAGGAGAGCAGCAUGACAGAUGCCGACGACACACAACUACAUGCAGCCGAAAGUGAUGAGUUUUAACUUCUGGGAAAUCAGGCUGUUGCAACCGGAUGUGUGACUAGUGCUGACAUGUUUCUGACCCUCCAUGUGCUGAGACUUCCCUCUGAGCUGGCAGUGUCAUCAUCCGUUACACCAUGAGUGUGCCACUGUUGGACCCUGACUGUGCACAAAAUGAAAGGCAGUGCAAUAUUUAGCUGCUAAUAAGACUGGCUCUUUUACCAGUAUGAAUGACAAUUUAGUGGGGGGAUAGGGUGGGGAACUUUCUUUUCUUUUUCAUUUUUUUUCUUUAAUCUCCUUUGUUGGAAAACUAUCAUGGAACAAAGAGUUAUGUUUUAUCUUGAAGAAACCAUUAGAUAUGGGAAAUGGUGAAGAACCAGCAUUUCUUGGUCAUUUUUCCAAAGUUUGUUUUAAUUGGUUCUGUUCCUGGUAAACAGAGACUAACCUUCAUUUCUAGGUUCUUCAAGAAUGGUGUUAGCAAGUGCCAGAUGAAACAAUAAAAGACAAUGCCUAUAACAGAGUAACUUGAUUGCCAAGGAAUGUAAAUUACCUUAAACUUGCAGUGUCUCGUAUAAAUGAAUAUAUUGGGCAUAUUGAGACCCAUAUGUAGGAAUCAAAUAUCCCUCCAUACAAUGUGUGUACACUUAUUCUUGGCAAGAAUGCUUAAUAUCUAACCAAGAAUUUGAAUUUAUCCACCUUGCUUCAGAGUGUUGGUCAUUGUUGUCUUGGUAUUACAAACUUUAAAGUUGUUCCUGACCAUAAUUGCCUCUUGUCUUUGAACUCUGUGGGAUCACCUUUAACAUUUGGAGAAGGUAGAGUGGUUCCCCACUUAAAUGCCAAAACAAAGCCUUUAAUGACCUAUAAGUUCACCAUGGGAAUCAGUGUGAAUCUGCUAAUGUGGAGAGACUCUGGAGAUCAUGAUAGUGAAAGCCUUAAUACAGUCAGAAUUGUAUCCUAACUUUGAGCCUCCAUUUGUUCCAGACAGUAUGCUUUGACUUUUCUAAGUGUUCAAGUGGAAUCCAGGAACAUGCAGUUCCCUUGCAUUGAAUUAAUUUCCAUCCUUUUCAGUUCUCUGCUUCAGAUUAUUUUCAGUAGUAUAAAUCAUAAAGACAUUUCCUGAGAGUGACUGGAUUUAGGAUGUUGGAAAUUUUAACUUGAGAAAAGAGCAUUCUUGUGAAGGAGACAAUUCCCCCCCCCCCCCCCCCCCGAGUUUGUCAUAAUGUAGGUUGAUGUCUUCGGGAAAUGCCACAAUUUUGGAGAUCUGAUUCUGCAUAUAGAAUGGAAAUUAUUGGAGUUUCACAGUAACAGAUUUAAACAUCUUAAAUUGUGUAUAUCCCUUAUUGUAAUGUAUUGAAAUUUUUAGAAGAACCUUAGUUGUUAACAUUUUAUAAAGUGCCAAUGUCAGAAUAUAACAAAUUAUAGUUUCUUAUGAAUGACAGGCCUACGUUUAUUAUUUGGGGUUAUUUGAUGAAGGACAAACUUAUCUACUGGUUACCUGUAUUAGUCAAGCUGUGAAAAUAAGGUAAUUACAAAAGCUGUAAGGAAAAAAGUUAUUAACCAAUAGACUCAGCAGUUUUCUAUAAUUUACUGUUAAUCUUCUCAUUUGAACAUUAUAAAUAAUUUCAAGUUAGAGUCUUUGAUGAAGUCUUGAGUGCCAGAGAGGUAUUUAGCAAAAUUUCCUACCUAAAUCUAUGCAUAUGUGUGCUGUCUAAAAAUACAUAUAAAAAUAAGAAUAGGAAAGGUUGGGAAUAAAUGAAUAUCUGAAAAGCUCCCAAAGGGUAGCACUUGGAUUUUAACAGAUGUUCCAUUUUAUUAUCCAGCAGUUUUAUAAUGUUUAAUUUUAGAUGCUUUUAUUUUUUUAAGGAGCAAAUCAUAAGCCAGCUGUAUAACAGUAUCAAAUCUAGAGUUUCAUAGAAAUUGUUGCCUGAGUUCUGUAUUAGAAAAUCUGGAGAGAGUUAAGCUCAGAACAUCAUUUGCUGAAGUGUAAUCAUUUUCUUUUUGUAUAGGAACUUAUGUCCUGUGCCAGAGGUGAAAAGCAUUCUGGUACUGAUUUUGAGACCAAGAACACAAGGAUAAGCAUGGAAGGUGUAUACUAUGACAAAACUAGCUAAGGGAAUUUUCAUCCCACUUUUGAGCUGUUUUUAUUUUUCUCACACCUGCUUUUAGAGUCAUUUAGGUGUCUAAAUUCUCCCCCACCUGCUUUACUAUUCGCUUCCUCUUUUUGUUUCUUCUCUCUUGGCAUGGAAUCAGGAUCAGACAACCAGAACGAGCAGCACAUACUUGCUUCAGAUUUCAGAAGUUAUUUUGAAGGAAGUAGAAAGUGCUUUGCCCUCCUGUUUUCUGCUUAAGCUUUCAUACACACGCAGCUGCACACAUACAUGCAUAUAUGUAUGCUUACACACACUAUUGUUUAGAAGUUAUGAUGUGACGGUGGAUUUUUUUCCCCCAUGGAAGUGGUUUGUGACUCUGGGAUUUUGGAAGAAUGGACUGUUUUUUCAAGAGAAUGGUGGUACUCAAAAUAAUGAAAGGUGGUCCCUACUCUUUUCUGUAUUUCAUUAUUUUAAGAUUUUUUAUUUUUUCCAAGAACUGCAAGUAACAUUUGAACCAUGCUGCUGUUGUACCUUAUACAAAAACUCAGUGAUAACCAGUAUUUAGUCUAUUAAAAAUAUUCUUUUUGAAGAAAAA